AUGAAUACUGCUUGUAAUUCAUUUGUUUAUGUGUCUGAGCUUAUUGACUAUAAUCAUAACUGUUGGAAUGUACCUCUUCUGAACCUCUUAUUCUCCCCAGAUGAGGUUAUUAGAAUUAAGUCUAUUAGAUUGAAUUUGUUGCAGCCGAACUCGCUUAUGUGGGCUCAUACUAGGAAUGGUAAGUUUACCAUCAAAUCUGCUUAUAGAAUUUAUAUGAAUGAUAUUCCUUCUCCUGAAGACUCCACUUUCUGGAGGAAAGUCUGGGAUAUUGAUUGUCUGCCGAAAGUUAAGUUUUUUAUGUGGAAAAUGUUUGCUCAUAUGCUCCCAGUUAAUGCCAUUAUGAAGCUUUACAAUCCUCAUGUGAAUGUUCUCUGCUCUUUCUGUAAUGCUCAUGAUGAAACUGUGAUGCAUCUUUUUGUUAACUGCCCUAUAGUGUUGCGUAUUUGGUUCAGUCUUUCCCUUCAUCAUUUGAUAUCUACUGAUUUGGAUUGGGUUGAUGAUAUUUUCUUAUAUUGGCAUGAAUCAAGCCUGGGUGCUUCUCCUUUUAAAGUUGGUUGGCCUAGUGUAGGUGCUAUUGUUAUGUGGUCUAUAUGGAAGUUGCGGUGUGAUGUAGUUUUCAAGUGUGCUUCUCUGGAUACGAACAGGAUCAUUGUUGAUAUCAAGACAAUGUUAAAUUCUUACAUUGCUCCAAGGAUUACUGUUAUGAAUCUUGUACACAAUGUCAAAAUUUCACAUUCUGAAGUGGAGAACUUUAUGUUUGUAGAUGGCUCUUUCAAGAAUUUUAAUUUUGGAAUGGGUGUUAUUUGGUGUGAUGCUGCAGGGAAUGUAAGAAAGGUGCGCUCGGACUUUGGGUUGAUUCAAGAUGCAGUGGGAGCUGAAGCUGCUGUUCUUAGUUUUGCCAUCUCUUGGGCAGAAGAGAUGAAUCUUCCCAAAGUAGUGUUUGUUAGUGAUUGUCUCCAACUGGUGCAUUUUGUGAAUGGCUGCAACAUCUAUGUGGGCUGGAGAAGCCAAGACCUCUUGGAGCAAUGUCGGAGUUCUAUUUCUAGUUAUGUUUUUUUUAAUGUUAUGUAUAUAAAGCAGUUAAAUAACCUCUUAGCGGACCGUCUUGCGCGACGGGCUAGAAAAAACAAUCUUAAGGGUUUAUGGUUUUCUCUUCCAAAUUUUCUUGAUGGUGUGUUCAGGAAGAUAAACUUUAGUGAAAUUUGUAACUCUCUUGUUUCUUAA